CCGUAUAUAAUUUUGAUGUAGACAAUUAGUGCGAAUUACAUCAUUGCGAGUCAGUAUCAGUCGACCUACGAGCUAACCACGAUCUGGUACGCAGCAGCAUCGCUGGUGUACUUCCAUCGCACUGCUAUCUGUAAAUCAGUAAAAGUCAUUUAUAACAAUCUGUUCGUGAUUGCUGGACAAUGGAAUCGUCAUGGGGAACAUUCGAAAUUCUAUGCGGCAUUGUCGCCUUAAUUAUUAGUCUUUAUUAUUACUUCACAUUACCUUUUAAUUUUUGGAAGUCACGUGGCGUUCAAGGUCCACAACCAAAACCGGGAUUUGGUAAUAUCACAAAUGUUGCGUUAGCAAAGAUAUCUAUGAGUGAUUAUAUUACGAAACUAUAUAAUGACUACAAAGAUGAACGACUGAUUGGAAUAUUUGCGAGAAGGACACCCCUUCUUAUUAUAAAAGAUCUAGAUCUUAUUAAAGAUGUUCUUAUUAAAGAUUUUACUAAAUUUCCUAAUAGAGGACUUCCCGUUGUCGAAAAAAUGGAACCGCUAUCGCAACAUCUUUUUAAUUUGGAAUCGAAGAGAUGGCGACCGUUAAGGAUGAAACUGUCACCUGUUUUUACAUCUGGUAAACUAAAGGAGAUGUUCUCUUUAAUAUCAGAAUGUGCUGAUCAUCUUGUUCAAUACAUGGAAAAAAUAGCGAGUCUAGACGAACCUGUGGUAGAAUGCCGCGAGUUGACGGCCAAAUAUACGACAGAUGUCAUUGGCAGCUGUGCAUUUGGCCUCGAAAUGAAUGCACUGUCGAACGAGGACAGCGAAUUUCGUAAAAUGGGAAGGAAAGUAUUCAGUCCGAGCUGGCCAAAUGUAUUACGAACAAGAAUAAGAACAAUGUUUCCUAAACUUUAUGAUAUGCUCGGUUACAUCCUGCCGCAAAUGGAAAUUACUAAGUUUUUUACAAGUAUUGUUACGGAAACCAUGAAUUACAGAGACACGAAUAAUGUCACUAGAAAUGAUUUCAUUGAUAAAUUGCGUGAAUUAAAGAAUCACCCAGAUAAGUUAGGUGAUGUUGAUUUGACAGAUACUUUAAUAGCUGCUCAAGCGUUCGUAUUUUUCCUCGCUGGCUUUGAAACUUCAUCGACAACUAUUAGUAACACACUCUACGAGUUAGCGUUAAAUCAAAAAAUACAAGACAAACUACGUAAGGAAAUUGAUGAAACUUAUGCAAAAUAUGGCAAAGAUUUAACAUAUGAUAAUAUCAAACAAAUGGAUUACUUAGAUAAAGUUUUUAAAGAAACCUUACGAAAAUAUCCGCCAGUGACAGUUCUUAUGAGACAAUCCGUAUCAAAUUAUACUUUCGAUAAUAGUACCAAAGUUAGUAUACCAAAAGGGCAAAAAAUAUGGAUUCCUGCUUUUGCGAUUCAUCGAGAUCCGAAUUUUUAUCCACAACCGGAUGUUUUCGAUCCAGAAAGGUUUAAUGAAGAAGCUGUGCAAAGCAGGCAUCCUAUGACUUAUUUACCUUUUGGCGACGGACCAAGGAAUUGUAUUGGAGCUCGCUUUGCUGUUCAUCAGACUAAACUUGGACUUGUAAAGAUAUUACGAAAUUACAAAAUUGAUGUUUGUGCUAAAACUCCAAUACCCUAUGUAAGCGAUCCUAAAACAUUUCUGUUAUUAGUACCAAAAGGUGGUAUACAUUUAAAAAUAAUUAAAAUUAAUCGAACUUAAAAGAAUAUUUUUCACAAUAUUAAAUUGUAAAAAUUAAAUUAAAAAAUUUUUGAUUUUUCAUGAAAUGCAAAAAAUCUCAAGCGUUAUCUUUGAAACUUCAAAGCGAUAGAUAUGCCACAAAAAAAUUCUUAUAAAUAUAUUUCUAUUAAAACUUCUCUACUUUUUUAUUAUCAUACCAAACAUUCGCAAAUAGUUUUUAUCAAAAAUUAAAUUUAUUCAUAUUUAAGCGUUUGAUAUAUCUUUAUUGUUAUUCAAAUAUACUAUUCUACAAUUGUGCAACUACAGCUAUAUCAUUAAAAAAAAAA